CCCCUGCCCUCGGCGCCCAGCUUCCCUUCGGCGCCCCGGUUCCCCUUCCGGGAGCGCAGGCGGCCGCCUCUACUGCUUUCCCUCGGCCUGCAGCUCUCCUGCGGCGACCAUGGCAGCUCGGACACCCGGGGCUGCCUUGCGGCUCUGCGCCACUGUUUUUUUUCUUGAGAUGGCUUUCUGUAAAGGAUUCGUAGAAGAUUUAGAUGAAUCGUUUAAGGACAAUCGAAAAGAUGACAUUUGGCUUGUAGAUUUUUAUGCACCAUGAUGUGGUCAUUGUAAAAAACUGGAGCCAAUUUGGAAUGAAGUUGGUCUUGAAAUGAAAAGCAUUGGUUCGUCAGUUAAAGUUGGAAAGAUGGAUGCUACUUCCUAUUCUAGCAUUGCUUCAGAGUUUGGAGUUCGAGGUUAUCCAACAAUUAAGCUAUUAAAAGGGGACUUGGCAUAUAAUUAUAGAGGACCACGAACUAAAGAUGAUAUUAUUGAGUUUGCUCACAGAGUAUCUGGAGCACUAAUUCGGCCACUUCCAAGUCAGCAAAUGUUUGAACAUGUGCAGAAAAGACAUCGUGUAUUUUUUGUUUAUGUAGGUGGAGAGUCAACUUUGAAGGAGAAAUACAUAGAUGCUGCUUCAGAAUUAAUUGUAUAUACAUACUUCUUUUCUGCUUCAGAAGAAGUAGUUCCUGAGUACGUGACUCUGAAGGAGAUGCCCACCGUGCUUGUUUUCAAAGAUGAAACUUACUUUGUUUACGAUGAGUAUGAAGACGGUGACUUGUCAUCUUGGAUCAACAGGGAGAGGUUUCAGAAUUAUCUGACUAUGGACGGCUUCCUCUUGUAUGAACUUGGAGAUACAGGAAAGCUUGUAGCUAUUGCAAUUAUUGAUGAGAAAAAUACAUCAAUUGAACAUACCAGACUGAAGUCAAUUAUUCAGGAAGUUGCUAGAGAUUACAGAGAUCAGUUCCACAGGGAUUUUCAGUUUGGACAUAUGGAUGGGAAUGACUAUAUAAAUACCUUGCUGAUGGAUGACUUGACUGUCCCAACUGUAGUUGUACUGAACACUUCAAACCAACAAUACUUUUUACUAGAUAGAGAGAUCAAGAAUACUGAAGACAUGGUCCAGUUCAUUAAUAGCAUUUUGGAUGGCACAGUAGAAGCCCAAGGAGGUGAUAGCAUUUUGCAGAGAUUGAAAAGAAUGGCAUUUGAUGCUAAAUCUACCGUUGUGUCCAUAUGCAAGAGCUCUCCGAUCAUGGGCUGCUUCCUCUUUGGCCUGCCUCUGGGUGUCAUCAGCAUCAUGUGCUAUGGCAUCUACACAGCCGACACAGACGGGGGCUACAGUGAAGAGCGGUAUGAAGUGUCCAAAAGCGAAACUGAAAGCCAGGAAGCCACGGAGGAGAGCAGAGAACUGCAGGAGCCAAGGAGCGGACAGUCUCUAGUGCCUGCCAGGCAAGAGCCCAAGGAUGUAUUAGAGAAGAAGACAGAUUGAGACUCUGCUAUCAUGUCAAAUUACUAUUAAAGAGUC